UUGAGGAGCAAAUCUGCUUCUCUUAUUCAUAUCCCACAGUCUGCCCUGUGUGUAUGAGGCUACGACUGAGAGACAGUGAAGACAGAGAGCAACACGAUGACAACCCACCAGCAGGAAGGAGAGCAGCGCUAUGACACCAAAGACACCACGCUCAAGUUCGUCACUAGACAGGAUUAUAUUACCCAGUUUGUAGAUGAUCACAGGGCAGAGCUGAUUCAGAGGGUCAGUCCGGUAGAGCCCAUUGCAGAUGUCAUGCUCUCAAAGGGACUGAUCCAUCCAGAGGUUAACUCUAACAUCCUGGCUGCCAGAACCAGCCAGGAGAAAAUGAGGGUGCUAUACGAAGCCAUGUCCACUCAAGCCCAGAAGGAGGCACUCUACAGCAUCCUGGAGAAGGACUAUUCUUGGGUCACUCAGGACAUCAAUAGAAUGAGGAUAUUUCCGCUGGGAAAAACUGGUGCUGGGAGGAGUGCAUCAGGAAACACAAUCCUUGUGGAAGGACAGAGACAAGAGAGAAUGGCAAUCGGCAUGGGCCAUAUUGAGGAGGAGAUGAACAAUACCAGAGUGCUGCAGCUGAAACAGAAUACUGUUGAGCGAGUACCAGAGGGACUAUCAAGGAAGUCAGCAACAUUCCACGUUAGAGUAAAUGGACUGAGAGGGGAGAUAAUGGAAAUCGACGUGGGCCAUUCAGAGGAGGAGAUGAACAAUACCACAGUGCUGCAGCUGAAACAGAAAAUUGUCCAGAGACUACCAGGCUGGGACAUAGAUACUCUGACGAUGAGAUACACAUACAAGACUCUGGAAGACUCACGCCUGCUCUCCUGUUAUGGAAUCCAGGACAAAUCUCUCAUUAAUCUAGUGCUUGACAAAUAUAGAGAAUAGAGCAUCUUCACCAAUCACAUCCUCCCACUACGCUACACUCUAAAAAAUGCUGGGUUGUUUGGUUGAUCCUGGGUUGCAGGCGUUGGGUCACUUAGUUGGGUUGUUUUCUUUAAACAUUGUUGGGUUAUUGGUGCUGGAUGCUGGGUUAUUGAUGCUGGGUAAUUGAUGCUGGGUUAUUGAUGCUGGGUUAUUGGUGUAUGAGUUCCCUUUAAGCCGAUGUAAAUCCCGUUGUUGGGAUACAGUAAGGUGGUAUACCUUAUUAUAAUAUGUAAUAAAUAAUCCAAUGUGUAAAAUGCAAAUAAAAUAAAGGACGAUUAGAAUUUG